CCGUGUUUGUCUCUGAGUCUGUUUCUGUGAAAUCAUGUGACCACAGAGCGUUCACCCUCUCUGCAGAAAUAUAAACAGCUCUCUGCUCUCUGUCUUCGUCUCCAGCAUCACAGACCAUCAACACAGACAGACAACAUCCUCAGUUACUACAUCACAAAGUUUUUGGGACUUCAUAGAAAUUUCACUGUGCCACUUUCUGGUGCGACCAGGACUUGAAAACAAAGAACGCACAAGGCGCUCCAUCACCAAGCUCCUGUGAAGCUGUUACCAUGGCAAUGAAUACUAACACCUCAUCAAAGUUUGACAACAUCACCUGCAAAGAGCUCAUUCAUUCAGGAUCUCCUGCUCUCUACCAGCUGAAUCCAAAGAAAGAGAAUAUUGGAACUCUGACAAAAAUGACUCUUGGUGAGAAAGAUCCAAACAAGAAAAACAAAACCAUCUUGCUUGUGGGAGAAACAGGAGCAGGAAAAUCUACUCUGAUCAAUGCUUUGGUCAACUACACCAUGGGAGUGGAGUGGGAGGACAAUGUCUGGUUUCAGAUCAUAAAGGAGAAGAAGAAAAGUCAGUGUGAAAGUCAGACAUCAGAUGUGAUCGUGUACGAGAUCUUUGGUUUUGAAGAUCAAACUCUGCCCUACUCUCUGACCAUCAUCGACACUCCUGGAUUUGGGAGCACUGCUGGGAUUGAACAUGAUGCCAUCAUCAGUCAAAGAUUAUUUGACUUGUUCCGCUCAGACAAUGGCGUCCAUGAGAUCAAUGCAGUGGGUCUGGUUCUUACACAAACAGAAUGUCGACUGAGCGACCGACUUUCAUACAUAUUAAAUUCAGUGGUGUCUCUGUUUGGAAAAGACAUGGAGAAAAACAUUGUCGCCCUCAUCACUUAUUCAAAUGGAAGAACACCUAAAAAUGCUCUGAAAGCUCUCGAGGAUGCGAAUGUUAAGUUUGCCACAAAUGAGAAGAAUCAGCCUGUUCACUUCCUGUUUGACAACUGCCUGAACGAAGACAGGACAGAGGACAUAGAAGACCUUAAACAUGCAGAUAAAAUAGUAAUGAAAGGAAUGAGACAGUUCUUAGACUUUCUGGAAAAAACUGAACCUCAGAAGCUGGAGACAACUGUGGACGUUCUGAAUGAGCGAAUCAGACUGACGGCCUGCGUCCAGAACCUGCAAGAGAAGAUUCACUUGAUUGAUCUGAAGCAGAACGAAAUCCAACAGACUCAGGAAGCUCUGGAGAAAUAUGAACAAGAAAUGAAGAAGAACGAGGAGUUUACUGUAGAAGUUGACGAGCCUUACAGAGAAAAAGAACCUAUCGAUGGUGGGAUGUGGUGGUUGGUGUUCUUUCAGGGAGCUGUCUGCUGCACUGUCUGUGAGGAGAACUGUCACUAUCCUGGAUGCACAAUGGCUCCAAGUCCCUCAUGGUGUGAGGUCAUGAAAGGUGGCCGCUGCACUGUUUGUACCAAGAAGUGUCCUGUAUCAGAUCAUGUGAAAGAAGACUGGAGGUUUGUGACCAAGACAAGGAAAGUUAAAAAGACUCUAGAAGAUGUGAAAAAGAAGUAUAAAAAGAACAAAGCAGACAGUGAGGAGAAGAUGAGCCUCCUGGAAUUUCUUCAAAAAGAGAAGGAAAACCUUGAAGCAAACAAAACACAACUACUGGAUGAGGCCUACGAGCAUGUUGUCAAACUGGAGGAGAUCGCCCUAAAGGUUGUUUCACUGUCCACUUAUGUCCACCUCGACUUCCUGAUUAAGGAGAUGGAGAAGAAAAAGGAUGCAGAGAAGGUCAAGAAACUAAAACAAAUGUCAAUGAAAAAAGAUAAAGGAUUGCUGGCAGGGCUGCAGUACUUGCGUAAUAAAUUACCAAACAUGCCUCAAAUAUUCCAAAGAUAAAAAAAAUGACAAGGGCUAUACUGAUGACACCAGGGCAGGAAUUUCACGAGGGCCACGAGGGCCAUGGUCCUCCUAAUUUGGCCCUGUGCCCUUGAAAAUAAUAUCGGCCCUAAGGCCACAGUGGCCUUGAUGCCCCGCCCACACUGCCCCCAGGUGAUUUUGCGGUUUUCUCCGCAAGACACCUGCAUCUUUUGAGAAAAACAAUUGUGAUGACAUUCUGGAGUCUUAUUGGGCAACAUCAAAGGAGACGAUGCGUACAUCACCAGUGGUGGGUUUGAUUCGAGCCUGGCAAGAACCGCUCGGACGGGCUAUAAUGACAGUUUGACAUCAAUCUAUCACCGGCCAACCAGGAGACUUCAUCAAACGCCCGGGCAGGGAUCGGUACCGAGACCCGGUAUUAAACAACCCAAGGCAAGUUUAAUCAACACCGUAAUAACAGUAAGCUCCGCCAUUAUCUGCAUCACUUUUUAAAGUUUCGGUUUCAUGUAUCAUCAUUGUGCAGCGGUGGGGCCACGGUGCAGAUGAAGGGAAUAUAACUUCAAGAUGACUCUAGUUAACGACAGCUACACUUGUUACUGUGAGUAAGUGCAAUAAAACCUCUGCCAGCCAAGCCAAUACUUUAUCAAUAAUGUGAUCAGCAUGUAGAAUAUUUCAAUUUGCUCUGUCCAAGGUCUCUCAUUCGCGCUCGUGGUGCUAACAGCAAAGUGUUUAAGACAAACUAAAUGAAAACUGUCUGUGUGUAGGCUAACACUUUAUCUGAACAUGUACCUGAGGCAGCGACCUGCAGACAGUGAGUGUCCUCAGUAGAGGAGGGACAGAGAGCAGGAUGAAUGACUGAUACUGAUGUUUGUCUUCAUGCUGAGAUAACGUGACUUUCUUCACUCAGUGUUGUGAUGUCAGGAGGAAUAUUUAUAUUCCGGUGAGAUAUUACUGGGUUUUAAAUAGUGACUUUGUUGUUGUAAACAUGACUGUUGCUGCCAUGGACUGCAUACAACUACAUCCUGUGUAACUGACCUAUAAAGAAAGCAUCAGGAGGUGAGGUGUGUGCAUGUGUGUGUGCAUGUGUGUGUGCAUGUGAGUGUGCAUAUGUGGAGGAGAGGAGAGAGGGAGAUGCUGGUAGAGAGAUAGUGUGUGUUAUUAGAUACUGUUAAUGUCACUUAUUAUGCUUCUGUGCAUUGACAGCUCUUUUUUUAGUCUGUUUCUGCAUCAUGUUGAAGAGGGCCAUGUCUGUGUGUAUAUAUAUAUAUAUAUAUAUAUAUAUAUAUAGAUAUACAAAAAAAAAAAAAGUGGAUCGGCUGCUCGCUGCUAAAAAUGUGGCCAAUCGACAUGAUCUGGUUUUGAAAUGUGGCCCAGUUGAAAUAGUAAUUGAAUAGUCCUGCUGUAGUUUGUUUCUUUGUUAGUUAUCUAACAACACAUCAGAAAUAAUUGUAAGCCAGUCUUGUUCAGUGAAUCAGUUUGUCAUGUACACUCAAAAAAUAUUUAGGCCUAAUAUUUAAGAUUGUUUGCUUAUAAAUACAUGAACCUGGUUGUUCUAUAUUUAAAACACAUUGGGUUUAUUAGUGCUAUUAAAUAAAUCACAUUAUUACUUCUUAUACUCAUUAUUACCUCCGCCAAGGAGGUUAUGUUUUUGCCGGCGUUGGUCUGUUUGUUUAUCUGCAAAAUAACUCAAAGUUUUGAACGGAUUUUGAUGAAAAUUUCAGGAAAGGUUGAUAAUGGGACAAGGAACAGAUGAUAAAAUUUUGGUGGUGAUCGGUUGAAGCGAAGUGGAUAAAAUAAUAAAAUGGCGGAGGUCUGCGCUCUCUGAGUGCUUUUCUAGUUAUUAGUUGAGCUUGUUUUAUUUAUUCAUUUCACAGAUAGUUAUACAUCCUUUGUCCUUAAAUUAAAUUCAUUAUGGACGUGGACUUAAAAUCAUUGUUUUAUUUUAUGGCCUUGCUGCCCUCAAAAAAUUGACAACACAAAAGGUGGCCUUGCUCCCUAAAAUGAUGAAAUUCCAGGCCUGGAUGACACAGAUGAAACUAAUAACCACACCCAACAGUGACAUCAUAGUGUCCUGAGGUAUGCCUGUAUAUCACUGCAGUCGAUCUGUUUGUACUGUUGCUUCACAGAACUAUAAUUACCAGUGUGAUCAACUGGUGCGUCGUCUAUUCAUCAGUUUGGCCAGUUUAUAUUCUUGGAUACAGGAUGUAUUUGUGUCUUCUCAGAUUACAACUGAAUAAAAUGUAUGAUUAUCUAAACAUCAUAUCUUUCAGAGUCACCUGGUCUGAGCACUGGUUGAAUAGUUUAAAUACAUUUAUCAAAUAGUGCAGUCAUAAACAAUCUGCAGAAAUAUUGAUUAUUGUUUAACAGCUGUGUACAUCACCAAGUUACUGCUGUCAAGUGUGUUUAAUGUGUGUGUUCCCAUCAUGCAUGGCUUUAGUACCGUGUGGAAGAUACGUGUUGAAUGCAUUUCUUGAUAUCAGCGUCGUCGGCACCCAUGUUUGCUUAGUUGCAGGCUUCUGUUGCGGCCCUUUUUUUAGGCUUUAUCACUGUCAGUAGUAGUAGUGUGAAACCAUGUGUAUCACAGCUCCUGUGUGCUCAUGCAAGUGCACGUUUGUCUUUGUGCAAAAGACACAAAGAAAACAGGUGACUCACUCAUUAAAAAAUUACAACUUUGUAGAAAACAUCCUGCUGUUCACUAGUGUUUGAAUCCUCCUGAUGUGGCUGAUUCAUUUACUUUUGCCUUUGUGUUAUAUACAAUUAUGUUUAUGUUGUUUUGUCGUAUUUUAUUUGUGGUUUCAGCUGCCCUCUCUGGUCUGUACUUUGGUCAGUGUGGGUUGUUUUUAAAUGUACUUCAUAAAUAAAUCUGACUUGACUUAACAAA